AUGAACUUGUCCUGUACGAACUCCUCUGCGUGGAAAGCAGAGUCCGUGCUGAUUUCCGUGGGCUUUUCCCUCAUCUUUCUGCUCGGCAUCGCGGGGAACUCUCUGGUCCUGGCAGUUCUGUGUCGCAACGGCCAGAUGAGCACCAAGACCACCAACAUGUUCAUCUUCAGCCUGGGGGUGGCCGAUCUCUGCUUCAUUGUGUUCUGCGUGCCGUUCCAAGCGACCAUCUACACCCUGGAUCAGUGGGUGUUUGGUCCGGUGCUCUGCAGAGCCGUGCACUUCAUCAUCUUCCUCACCAUGUACGCCAGCAUCUUCACACUGACCGCCGUUUCCCUGGACAGGUAUUUUGCCAUUUGUUACCCGCUCCGCUCCAGGCAGAUGAGGACUCCAAAGAACGCCCUUAUCUCCAUCGGCUUGGUUUGGUCUUUGGCUUUGGUUUUCUCUGUACCGUACCUCAGCUACUUCUCUCAGAUGGACAUUGAUGGCAUUGUGCUGUGCAUCCCGACAUGGGAGCCCAGAGCUCGGUUCAUAAUGGACCUGUGCACCUUCAUCUUUGGUUACCUAGUCCCGGUACUGGUGCUCAGCCUCACAUACGCUCGCACUAUCCGCUACCUGUGGACCAGCGUGGACCCCAUUAAAGACAAGUCAGAGUCAAGGCGUUCCAAGCGCAAAGUCACCAAAAUGAUCCUGAUUGUGGCUGCACUCUUCUGUCUCUGCUGGCUCCCUCACCACCUCAUCAUCCUCUGCAUGUGGUUUGGACGUUUCCAGCUCAACCACACAACCUACGCUCUGCGGAUCCUCUCCCACUUGGUAGCAUACGCCAACUCCUGCCUCAAUCCCAUUGUCUACGCACUCGUCUCCAAGCAUUUCCGCAAAGGUUUCCAAAAGGUUUUCAGCUGCUCAGGGAACAGGAGGGAGGAGAACAGGGUGCACGCCAUUCAGGCAGUGAACACAGUCAGCAACCUUGAGACAAGACCCUCAGAUGAAGAAGCAGCUUCCACUGCAACCUGA